CAGAUUCCAACCCCCAUCUCAGGGCCACUUCACCCUUUCUUCCCCUCGGGCCUUCUCAUCGAGUUCAACAUAUGCAACUCGGGUUUUCUGCGCUGGAAACGGAGAAACACAGUGCCCUUUUUUUUGCAUUUCUGAUCUUAGAAUCUGUUCAUUUAGAUUUGUUAAUGAAUGCGGCGUCAAGAUUUCAAGGUUCCUUUAUCGCUGCCGGACAGACCAAGAGGCCAGACAUACCACGCCCCACGCCUUCGGGAUAUGAACUUCAUUACCUCGGUUCUCUUUUUUCCCCGUCUUUUCUUCCGCAUCAUAUAUAGCAUCCUAGUCUCGAGAUCUCUUAAAUUCUCGCUGAUCUUCGUCACAUUUCAUGGUCGACUGGAAAUCCUCUGCAGAGCUGUUGAAGGAUGCCGACGCAUUUUCCAAAAUAAUACAUUUCUUGUUGGGCGUUUAUAUCUGGGAAUGGGCUAAUACUGUGAAUUUCGAAUAUGCUAUCGUCACUGGUAGGCAGAGGUUCAGAUGGCCAUUGGUAUUUUAUUUCUACGGGCGUUAUGCGAUGUUUGGUGGAUUAAUUGGUUUCGUUAUCGCACUCAAUGAGACAACCACUCGCAUGAAUUGCAGUGUUUUGUACACAUUCCUGCAGUUCUUAGGUAACACCGCUCUGGGCGCCGCAAGUAUCAACCUUUCCAUCCGAACGAUCGCUAUAUACUCCCAAAAAUUAUCCAUCGUGAUACCAAUAUCCGUGAUUAUCCUUGGGCAUUGGGUCAUAAUACUCUGGUCGGUUACGAAUGUCAAAGCGACCUGGAUUGACGGGUCCGGGUGCGCCAUCACAAGCAGUAACCCGAAGCUCUUCGUGGCCAUGUAUGUUUACAGUAUGGGAUUCGACUUCAUUGUCAUGUGCUUGAUGGCAUACAAACUCGGCUUCGUUAAACGAAACCAGCAUAGGAGCCAAAUCGUGCAACUGAUGUUCAUAGAUGGUCUGGGAUACUUUCUUACCGCAUUUUUGGUCAAUCUCGUAGCCGUGGUUUUUUCCGUGCUCAACCUCAAUUCCAUCCUGUCCAUCAUUGCUGAUGCCCCUGCAAGUACUCUUGCAACUAUUGUCUCAUGCCGUGUUGUGCGGCGUUUGUAUCAAUUCCAGCGGAAAGGCGUGGAUAUCUAUAGCCAUAAUACGUCUAGCGGCCUUAGGUCCGGUCGGCAGAAUAACGUCUCGACGUCUCACAGGACGGCUAACGAAGUCCAUGUCCAGAUGAACACGUUUGUGCGAUCGGAUGUGAGUUACGAUCCGCCUGCACAGCCGAAGGCAGAUGAAGAUGCAAAUACUAGUUCGGAAGACAUUAAGCACCAGCUAUAGGACAGUCUCCCUGGUUGCCAAUUAUCCACUUGGAACGUGGAUUCGAGUCCAUAUUACUAACUCUUUCUGUACGGCGUGGUGGGUUGGGAUGGAAAUUUUAAUGGAAAGCGCAUUGCAUAAAACUUAAAUUGCGCAUUCCGAGGUUACGAUGUUUCUAUGGACUUUUUAUACUUGUCGGAUAUUAUUGCCGCUGUGUUUUGUUGGCCGAUCAUUAUAAUUUUCUACGUAAAACUCACUAGCCAAGCGAAUAUGCGACUCCUUACCUUGCACUUGAAGUUGCGAGAGUAUUAGACUGCAACCAGUCCGUAUUAGUAGACAGUAAACGUUUGAAUCCGCAGAGCUUUCGUCCAGA